CACUAAAAGGAUGUGAUCCCUCCCUUGAUCCCUCCUUGUGUUCACAACUUCAUUCUUAACGAACACACUCACUUACUCUCUCUAGCUCUCUUUCUCUCUCUCUCUCUCUCUCUCUCUCUCUCUCUCUCUCUCUCAUAUGUGAAUGAGCUACAGUGAGCUUAUUGAAGGAUAGAACUAAUUUUUAGAGUACUAUGGCUUCUCCAUCAGAGCUAACCCUAGACUACAAGCCUAACCCUAACAACUAUCCUAUGAUGCAAAAGCCAUUAGGAGAUCAGAAUGAUCAACCAACGCAAAAGCUCGAAGACUUUCUCGCUCGCCUUGAGGAAGAGAGGCUCAAGAUUGAAGCUUUUAAGCGUGAACUUCCCUUAUGCAUGCAACUGCUCAACAAUGGUAUAGGGAUACUCCACUCUCAUAUAUAUAUAUAUUUCAUAUGCAGAAGCCCACAAUUAAUUUCUCUUUUUUAUCCUAAGAAAAAUUACUUGUAUAAUCUCCACAAUUUGGUACAGCUUUUGAUAGAAACAAACUUGACUAACUUUUUUCUCUCCAUUUUUUUUCUUAAAACUGCUAUAUAUAUCUUUGAAUUCUACAUCUAUCCAAUGCAUCUUUCUUCAAAUUCUUCCUACAACAACAACUACGGCCAAAAACCACCAGUCCUUGAAGAGUUCAUCCCCAUCACCAGCACUGGGCCCGAUAAGCCGGCAACUACAGCCUCUGAAAAGCCCAAUUGGAUGCUCUCGGCGCAACUCUGGAGCCCACCAUCUGACCCAUCACCGAAGCCCAUCGACACCAACAAGAACCGCAACGGCGGAGCUUUCCUCCCUUUUUCCAAGGAGAAGGCUAAUGGUAAUAAUAAUAACAGCAACAAAGGGGAGAAGUUACUGACAGUGUCCCCCGCGACAGCGGCCGCUGGAAGCGGGAACAGGAAGGCGAGGCGGUGCUGGUCGCCGGACUUGCACCGGCGAUUUGUCAAUGCUCUUCAGAUGUUGGGGGGCUCUCAAGUUGCUACACCAAAGCAGAUUAGGGAGCUGAUGAAAGUUGAUGGGCUCACCAAUGAUGAGGUUAAAAGCCAUCUUCAGAAAUACAGGCUUUCCACCACGCAGGCCACUCCAGCCCCCACAACCUCCGCACGCCAGCAGCCCCUCAGCUAUCGCCGUCGAGCUCCUAGCCUUCCGGCAGCUAGUGCGGGGGACCUCUCCGAGAGCAUCGACGAUGGCGACGGCGGAGAAGAGCGAGAGGUUGAAGAAGAAGACGACGAGGAUGACAAUGACGAGGAGGUCAUGGAAGAAGUGAAGGUUGAAGACAAGGCUCUUGUUGUUGCAGUGGACAGCAAUGGCAGUGGGGGUGACGUGGCGCUGAAGUUCUAGGGUUUUAGGGGAGCGAGGGUUUUGAGGCUGGGUUCGUGGGAUAAGGACAAGCGAGGGGAUCGGAUUCUUGUCUUCUUGUUGGUGGGAAAAGGUUGAGGGUUUGUGAUAGUUGGGUUGGUGUUAGAUCUUUUGAGAAAAAAGUGGAUAUAUCUUGGAUUUGGUUGUCUUAAUUAAAAGGAGAUGAGAAAGAUGUGAGGAGAUCAGAGAAAAAUUGGACCUAAUUUAACCGGAUGUGAAAAUAAAAUUAUUGAUGUCGAUCUGGAUAUUUUUACCAUUCUGGGGUUAGUUUAUAUACUUUAUGUAUAGAUACGUGUACUUCUAAUUCUACUUUAUGUAUAGAUACGUGUACUUCUAAUU